AUGGAUCCAGCUUCAUUAGCCAUAGGCGUCAUUCCGCUAGUAAUACAACUAGUACAAACGGCAAAGUCAAUCAGAGACCUGGCUACAGUUUAUAAAUCAGCAGAAACGCAGCUAAAGAGUCUUCUAAACAAGCUCGAUUAUAUCGAAACCAUUUGUACUUGUCUCAAUGAACUUCUUCCAGGGCUUGAGGAUGAUUGUCAAUCCGGAGAACCUUCUGCGAAAACUCUUUUCAGCAGUCUAUACCGCAUAAUCUCCGCCUGCUAUGAGAAAGCGUCGUGCAUUCACCGGAUUCUUGUUGUCAUUUAUGCCAAGCAGAAGCCAAGCCGGAACCCGCUCAAAACUAUUGGCUCCCGGCUUUUGCGUUACAGGGACCAGGUACAGGAUUGCACUGAUGAGCUGGAUGGUUUACUCUCUUUGCUUCAGUUGCAGAUAACAUCAGUGACUUUGGCAACGAGGAUAAGAACACCUCGGAAGAUAGUAGGACCGUCCUUCGCUACAACAGGUUUGGCAAAGACAUCUGCAAGAACAUCUUCGGAGGCGGCUCUCGAGUCGUCUCGAUUGCUUUGCUCUAGGAGGCAUAGGUCCCAGGUUACUACCGAGACUUGGAGGCAAUGCUGGGAGGGAGUGGCCUUCGUUCAGAGGACAAAAGAACAGACCAAGAGCACCAUACUAACAAGCCCCGAAUUUUCUAUAAUCCAGAACGACUCCACCGUCACCUUGGGCAUAUCGUUGUUGGACUGGCAUGUGAAAUUCUCAAUGCGACAAGGAGCGCUUUCCCCCUCCGCCUUCUCAUUUCAACUCCCUCGCGUUAUUUCUGUCUGUAAUAAAGGAAGUCUAUUCGAGAGAGGGAUUGAACAGGCAUUCUUGAAAGACAACCUUGAAAAGGUUCAAGAGCUCUUUAGAGAGGGCAUACUUACCCCUGCUACGAUUUUAUCGACUUUUGAUUACAAUCCAGAUAAAGAAACAUCCCUAUUAGGUGUAAGAUCCCCUUUCAGUUGUCAAACGAUCGGCCUUCUGAUACGUAAGCAGUUAGCGGUCCUCACAAGAGCGAGCCGUCUCCUUGAGUUUCUCACGAAUCAAACUUCAGACAUUUUUACUAGGUCUCAUCUGUGCAGUCCAUCUUUUAGCUACUUACUGAAUCGUGCUGAAGAUGCGACACAAGUCAUUGAAUAUAUCAACCUACGGAAAGAUUUCAUUACUCCUGGAGAGUUUGGCCAGAUUUUAACAGCAUUUCGAAUACCUUCCAAUACGAGGCUAUGUAUAGAAGCCUGUCGACAAUAUUUCGUCAACGAUUGGGAACCUUUCAAUGACGCUGUUUGGGAAUACAUCAAAGAUCAUUUCAAGCGUCUCAAAAUCGGACAUGUGAAGGGAUGGGCAGCUUUAGUGGCUGACGCUAUCUCUCGAGGCUUGAAUGUCCAUCAGCGCCCUUCACUGCCAAGGUUGGAUGGUGUUUUUGUAGGAAUACUACAUUAUCAUAAUGAUAGUAGCUCCAUUCUGACCCAAAUGCAUUACUGGAUAGACAUGCUGGAACUAGCCGGUGUCAACACGGAUGAUCAUGUCAGGUUCGAAACUGAGUUUUGCUUUGCGACUUGGGAGGAAGACCCACCUUGGAUCAAGAUGGACUCUUCUACCUCGAAUUACAGACGAGUCCUGACUAUGGUGGAGUCGAGAGGUAGGCAACUUCCAUGUUGGGUUCAGACAGCAGAAAACGAGUGCUCUACCAGGAAUUUGUUGAACGAGUUCCAACACUUUAUGACUCCAGUUACAUUCUUUAGUUGUUAUAUGACUACAGGGAAAUGCAUCAAACAGUAUCAAGCCUGGAAGAAAGGGCAGAUCUGGGAUUUUGUCCAUUACGAAGAGAAGGCCUCGGACGGAUGGCCAUUUUGGUAUCCGUUGCAACAAUAUCCGUUACACGAAGGUAGCAAAGAAGAUAUCGACUGGCUGAAACGUGAAGUGGCGCUUAUGGAGAAUCGUUUUGAGCGGAAGCAGAAUCGCAAAUGGCGUAAGGCAGGACGUCAAGAAGGGUUCAGGAAAUCAAGAGUUAUUCCAGGUAGCUGGAUAUAA